AUGGCUGCGCUGAGGGCGGGGCGGGGUGCGAGCUGGAGCCUCUGGGGAUGGCGGGCUUUGGGGGGGAUUCGCUGGGGAAAGGGACCCCUGUUGACCCCUGACCUCCGGGCCCUGGUGACGUCAGCAACUCCUGACCCUCCGGCCCGUGUGAUUUAUGGGACCCCCAGUCUUCGGGCCCGGUUGUCUGUGGGGGUCCCUGAACCUCGGGCACGUCUGACGUCUGGAACCCCGGAUCCCCGGUCACGACUGUCUACGCGGACCCCAGAUCCCCGGACCCGGGAGGCCUCGGGGACCCCUGGAGCCCGUCCGCGCGUGUGGCUGGCAGUGGCACUGGGCGCUGGGGGAGCAGUGCUGUUGCUGUUGUGGGGCGGGGGUCGGGAUCCCCCGGCUGUUCUCGCCGCGGUCCCUGGCCCGCCGCCCACCUCUCCCCGGAGCCAGUACAACUUCAUCGCUGACGUGGUGGAGAAGACUGCACCUGCUGUGGUCUAUAUCGAGAUCCUGGACCGGCACCCUUUCUCGGGCCGCGAAGUACCUAUAUCAAACGGCUCAGGAUUCGUGGUGGCUGCCGACGGGCUUAUUGUUACCAACGCCCAUGUGGUGGCUGAUCGGCGCCGAGUCCGUGUGAGGCUACCUAGCGGCGACACAUAUGAAGCCGUGGUCACAGCUGUGGAUCCCGUGGCAGACAUCGCCACGCUGAGGAUUCAGACCAAGGAGCCUCUCCCCACACUGCCCCUGGGACGCUCAGCCGAUGUCCGUCAAGGGGAGUUUGUUGUUGCCAUGGGAAGUCCCUUUGCACUGCAGAACACGAUCACAUCUGGCAUUGUCAGCUCUGCCCAGCGUCCAGCCAGAGACCUGGGACUCCCCCAAACCAAUGUGGAAUACAUUCAAACUGAUGCAGCUAUUGAUUUUGGAAAUUCUGGAGGUCCCCUGGUUAACCUGGAUGGGGAGGUGAUUGGAGUGAACACCAUGAAGGUCACAGCUGGAAUCUCCUUUGCCAUCCCUUCUGAUCGUCUUCGAGAGUUUCUGCAUCGUGGGGAAAAGAAGAGUUCCUGGUUUGGAAUCAGUGGGUCCCAGCGCCGCUACAUUGGGGUGAUGAUGCUGACUCUGACUCCCAGCAUCCUUGCUGAACUACAGCUUCGAGAACCAAGCUUUCCUGAUGUUCAGCAUGGUGUACUAAUCCAUAAAGUCAUCCUGGGCUCCCCGGCACAUCGGGCUGGUCUACGGCCUGGUGAUGUGAUCUUGGCCAUUGGGGAACAGCUGGUACAAAAUGCUGAAGAUGUUUAUGAAGCUGUUCGAACCCAAUCCCAGUUGGCAGUGCAGAUCCGGCGGGGACCCGAAACACUGACCUUAUAUGUGACCCCUGAGGUCACAGAAUGAAUGGAUCAGCAAGAGUAUGAGGCUCCUGCUCUGAUUUCCUCCUUGCCUUCCUAGCCUAGGCUCUGAGGGUACCUGGGCAGAGGAUUUAAUGAACCAAUUGGGGGCAGGUCCCUCCAACCACCAGCACCAAUCCCUGGGCUCUGAAGAAUCGCAACAACAUUUUUUAUAUAAAAUAAAAUUAUACCUAGCAA